AAAAAAAUAUUUCUUCUCUGCUGUGUUAAGGUCAACUUAAUUUAUAUAAUAGAAGAAUACAUUUGAAUUCUCCAGUGUAAUUGCAUAUAAGGAUUCUAUUUUUUUUUAUCGUUUGAUUUUACUUGCGCUUCCUUGCACUUUGAUUGUUUCAAUUCACGGUAAGCCAUUUUUUGAACUCUUUAAACAUUUGGGCAUGGCUGGCAGGAAUGGAAGAGAGCACCUUUAGAAAGGUGCUGAAAGACCAGAGUGAAAAGCAAUUAUCUGCAAACAUAAUGACGAACAAAAAUAGUGUUUCAUCAUCAAGUUCUGGAAAAGAUAAUGAAACUGCUACAAACACAAAUACUCGUCCAAAACUUGUGUUCUUUUGGACAAAUGCUGAAGUGCUGAAAUGGUUACGUAGGCACUGUGAAGAACACCACACACUGUAUGCAAGUUUAUUUUUGGAAAAUGAUAUUACAGGACGAUCUUUAUUAAGAAUGAAUGAUUCAACUCUUGAAAGGAUGGGUAUUAAGGAGAAAGCGCACAGAGAAGUAAUAUGUACAGAAAUACUGAAACUGAAACUCAAAAGUGAUAUUUUAGAAUUAAAAGAUUUGCAAAAGAAAAAAGGUGAUUCGCUGUAGAAAGUUUGCAGAAGUUUUAAAUCCUGAUUAAAAUAAAAUUUGUUCUUGUGAGAAGAAAGUUUCUUUUGGUGGUUGAAACAUGUGUGUAUAUCACAAAAAAUUGUGUGCAUUUUCAAGUAUAUAGAAGUGUAAGAUGCAAUAUUUGUGAAAUCAAGCAUUUAAUGAGCUUAUCCUAAGAAUUAAAUAUCUGUGUUUGAUAGAAUAUUGUCAUAAUUUUCUGUUGUGCACUUCUGAUGAUGAUUUGUAUUUUCAGUGCACAUGCAUGAAAAUAACAUUGCUGUUCUCCAAAUUGGAAAAAAAAAAUUUUGCCAGAUGAUUUCCCCCCCCUCCCCUAUAUUUACAAUACUUUUUAAAACACAAUUGAGUUAGGUAGGAAAAUAUUACCUUUUCCCCGUUGCAUCAAGCAGCUUUAAAUGGCUUCUUGAAUUCAUUUAUUUUCAAAAAUGUUAAUGGUAAAAUGAUUUACAUAAUUUAUUUUCUUCACUAGUGUCUACAAAACAAUCAAAAGCAGUUCUGGUAUUCAUUCUUGGAUCACCCUUCAAUAUUAUUUGCUAUAGUGGCAAUGGUAUCCUAUAGAUGAGACAAAAAACCAAGAAUGUUUUUUU